AUGGAUCCCACAAGCGACCCUAACUUUCUUCCGCCUUCGCGGAACCACGAUUUCGAGCCCCCUGCGCCGCUGUCGCAGAUCCCGACCAAUAUGCCAAUUCAGCCGCUUGUGUUGGCCGAUUUGGGCUCCGAGGUAGAUGCCCCGGCGCCACACCCGCUGACACGGCUCCACAAGGAAAAAGAGCCGCUGGCGUACCACCUGAAGAUCCCUCGCCGCUACAAUGAAUUGAUGAACUCGCUGAGCGACGAGGACCAGAACGGGAAACACGAAGAGGAUCACAAAAACCAUCAAGACGGCGAGCACAAAGAGCAGCCAUUGGGAGAACAAGCAGACGGCCACAAGACGCUGCAACUGCAGCCAAUGAAAGCACAUGUCGCUCAGGCUGCGCAGACGCACAAGCCUAUCCUUCCCCCUACCAUCAAGGUGCGCUCCACGCAGAUCGCAGACUUGGAGGAAGUUCCGCAUGGCAUCCAGAGGCAAGCCAAGUCCAUGUCUGCGUACUCGUUCCCGACCCACCGAUUGGCCACGUCCCUUCGAGACGACUCCAAGUAUCCCUUGGUGGUGGUGGCUUGUGGCCUGUUCUCUCCCAUCACAUACUUGCACUUGCGCAUGUUUGAGAUGGCAUUGGACGCCAUUAGCGAACAAACCCGUUUUGAGGUUAUAGGAGGAUACUACUCUCCCGUGUCGGACAAUUACAAGAAGCAGGGUCUUGCGCCCGCACACCACCGUGUCCGUAUGUGCGAGUUGGCGUGCGAACGUACGUCGUCGUGGCUUAUGGUGGACGCCUGGGAGCUGUUACAGCCGCGUUACACACGCACCGCACUCGUGUUGGACCACUUCAACGAGGAGGUUAACAUUAAGCGCGGUGGAAUCCGUACACAGCUGGGCGAGCAGCGCGGCGUCAAGAUCAUGCUUUUGGCUGGUGGGGACUUGAUAGAAUCCAUGGGCGAGCCGGACGUUUGGGCCGACCAGGACUUGCACCAUAUCUUGGGCAAGUACGGCUGUCUCAUUGUGGAACGGACAGGCUCCGAUGUGAGGAGCUUUCUUUUGAGUCAUGAUAUCAUGUACGAACAUCGCCGCAACGUUUUGGUGAUCAAACAACUCAUUUACAAUGAUAUCUCUUCGACUAAAAUCCGUCUUUUUAUACGCCGUGGAAUGCUGGUGCAGUAUUUGUUGCCCAACUCGGUCAUCCGUUACAUCCAGGAGCACAGACUUUACAUCAAUGACACGGAACCAGUCAAGCAGGUGAUGAAUGAUAAGGGUGAUUGA